CUCCUCCUUAUUCUGAUUUCUUCUAUCACGUCUUCUCUUCUUCUCUUCCUUUGCUUCUUCCCAAGAAUUACAAAAUAAAAACGCAAUUGAGUUUUCUCAUUUUCUCAGGCGGUGGUAGAUGUAUCUUUCUGGGGUUGUCUUUAUAUAAAAAGACUCUGAACAAUUCACUUUUGAGGUACUGAUUUUCAUACAGAGGUUUAUAGAGAGGUAGGAAGAGAAUGGAUGAAAAGAAGCAAAAGGGUACUUCUUCUUCCUUCACUGCUGAGCUUUUUGGUUCCAAAGAGUCACACCCUUCUCCUUCUUCUGGGAUUUUUGGGUCUAUUUUUUCUCCUCCAUCGCCAAAGGUACUAGGGAGAGAAUCUCUGCGUUCUGAAUUGAGCGUCAAAACUGCCAAUGAGACAUGGAGCUCCAAAAUUGGUAUUCAAGAUGACGUUUCAAAGGGCAAUUAUGGAGAAGCUCAGCACACAGAAAAUAAGGAUAUGAGUUUCAUCUAUCAGCAUCAAAGAAUUCCACCAUGUCCCCUUAGUUCAUCAAUUUAUUAUGGUGGCCAGGAUACAUAUUAUCAUUCUCAAAGCACACAGAAUGCAGGAUCAAACACUUUGCACAAGAACGAUGUCGGAAAUGAUGAUUCAGGAAUGGCUUCUAGAGGAAACUGGUGGCAAGGGUCUCUCUAUUAUUAAGAUCACCCUUGUCAAUGCUAGAUAUAUGCUCCUCUCAAGGUACAUAGCUGGACAGUUUAGCAGCAUAGUCUAUGGAAGAACAAUAAAGUAGUCAGGACAUUGAGGACAGUUAGUUGCUUUCUUAGGCCAGACAUGAAACUGCAAUCAUUUGCCUUUCUUUUUAUUUUGCUGUAAAUUAUAUAGUACUUGGUCAUGCUAUCUUGCAAAAGUUGUAUGAUAUAUGUAGGUAUUCUAUAUGUAUUAUAUCAGCUACUGUCCUGGGGCUGAAACUUAAUUUGAAUUUAUUAAAGAAAUUCUCUUCCCA